AUGCACGGGGUGGCACUGUGGGCCGCUCAAAUGGGAACAAUUCAUGUGAGUGCACGCGUGAACCAGGCAGGUGGCCCAAAGGAUUCAUGUAAUAAGAAGUUUGCAGAAGGACCUUGCGAAGCAUCAUGA